AUGAUUUGUAAUCAUGCACACGUAUACGAUCGUCGAACUGCUUUUCGAAGACCCACUUUCUGGCAAACCAGCGCCUCUAUUUCCUACAACUGUUUACUCACUCUUAACCCUGUAUUCAAGGAUUCCACCGGAGUCUGGCAACCCUACAGCAUUUUCCCUUUUCGAAACGUCACCGCCAACAUUGAUUCGUCCGUGAACCGUCACUUGCGCAUACCUCGUCAGUUCAGAAAUUCAUCUUUACGUUUCGAAGACGAACGAAGGCACGGCUACUUACACAUUGAUCAUAAUCAUAUAUUACUGAAGCCAAACGCACAUAGAUUAGAUAUUGUAGACGUUACACUUUGUACUUUCGAAAUCAGAUUCUAA